GCCAAUCACACCCUCCAACAUUACUUCAUAGAUUAAGAUGAUAUAUGCCCAUUGCAUCAAGUCUUGCCUUCUGUGUUUGUUUUUCUUUAGAAUGUCUGAGUCAGAUCCUGAAACGAAUAAACUGAAACAAAGCAGCAUCUCUCUUUCUCUCCAAACUCUGGAUUUCAGUUUGAGAAAAAAGAAUAUCAUCAAAAAACCAUCAGUGAUGGCUAAACAUUACACCAAUCGCAGAGCAAGUGUCACCAGUGAAUCAAUUGUUGUGCAGACAGCCCCCGCUGCAGUUCAACGGUCAGAGGGCGGGAAUGAAAGUGGCGCUGUGAGGCCAAGUGCACCAUGGGAAACCAGCGGCCCUCUAAGUGGCCUGUACAACCCCAAAUUUCCCCCAAACACCAAAGAAGAAGAAAGUCAAGAUAGAGGACAACGACAGAGGCGGAGCAGGAGUCUGGAUGGGGAUCGACCAAUCAGAGAACAGGACAGGAGGUCUCGUUCCCAUGGCAACACCAGCAGCGAAUCAGAAAAUAGUAACCGGCAGCGUCGGAAACGGGGGUCAAAGACCAGGGGUAGCCAUGGUGACCAUGCCGCCAAACACAGGAAUCGUGCCCGAUCGUGCAGUCCUGAUGCCCAAACAUGGAAACACAUCCGGAAGCAGCUGGUGGAGCCCACAGGGUCAGCGGACAGGAAGACGGAGGAAAUUCCUUUUAUGGAAGUGAGAGUGUCUGGUGAGCCAAUGAGAAGACGUCAUCCUCCCAGGGGGCGGAAACACCGCCAGUGGGUGUCAGCUUCAGAUCUUGAAUCACAGAUGGUCCCACCUCUUCCUAUUUCCAAGGCAACUGUGACUUCCUGUGGAUAAUCCAUAAUGCCGUUAGUGUACAACUGUCUCACAUAAUUUUUUUUCAUGUGAAAUGAUCAUCUGUAAGAAAAUAAAACAAGUAUUUGACUGAUA